GAUCCGGCCAAGGAUGUCUGCAGAAACGCCUAACAUAGAGACUCUCCCUUUCCAAGCCGCGGCUCUCGCCAGACCGGAGAAGGUCCUCAAGCCAGGGGGCCCUCAGGGCCGGAUUGGACCCUGCUUCGUGGGAGGCGGGACUCAGGGCUUAGCGGGCGGAGGAGUAUUUAAGACCCGGCGGAGCUGGAGGUGGCCAAGGGCAGAAUGAGCGGGAUUCAGGGCACCAGGACCUACCCAGGCGCGGGGGACACCUCUGAUCUUAAGUACCCCUUGGGAACCAGGCUCAGGGAAGCUCUCACCGAGGCUCGGUUCCAUCAGCUCUUCGGGCGCGAAGAGCAGGAACCGGAGCUACCUGCAGAGCGCCGCUUUCCCUGGCUCUUCGGGCUGUGGAGGCUGCGGGCUCGCGCUUGUUCCGGGACGGGGGCGUGGCGCCUGCUGCUGGCUCGGCUGCCCGCGCUGCACUGGCUGCCCUAUUACCGCUGGCGGGCCUGGCUGCUCGGAGAUGCGGUGGCCGGAGUGACCGUGGGCAUCGUGCACGUGCCCCAGGGCAUGACUUUUGCUCUCCUGGCCUCCGUGCCCCCGGUGUUUGGACUCUACACUUCUUUCUUCCCCGUCCUCAUCUAUAGCUUGCUAGGUACUGGGAGACACCUGUCCACAGGAACUUUCGCCAUACUCAGCCUCAUGACAGGCUCUGCCGUCGAGCGGCUGGUGUCGGAACCCCUCGUGGGGAACCUGAGCGGAAUCGAGAAGGAGCAGCUGGACGCUCAGCGGGUUGGGGUAGCCGCGGCCGUGGCCUUCGGGAGCGGGGCGUUGAUGCUGGGGAUGUUCGUGCUGCAGCUCGGCGUCUUGUCCACCUUUUUGUCCGAGCCUGUGGUCAAGGCGCUGACCAGCGGGGCCGCGCUGCACGUGCUCGUAUCCCAGCUGCCGAGCCUCUUGGGGUUGUCCCUCCCGCGCCAGAUCGGCUGCUUCUCUCUCUUCAAGACGCUGGCCGCCGUGCUGACUGCGCUGCCCCGGAGCAGUCCGGCCGAAAUGACCAUCUCCGCGCUCAGCCUGGCGCUGCUCGUGCCGGUCAAGGAAUUGAACGUGAGAUUCCGAGACCGGCUACCCGUGCCGAUCCCGGGGGAAGUCGUCUUGGUGCUUCUGGCCUCCGUGCUCUGCUUCACCUCUUCUCUGGACACAAGAUACCAUGUCCAGAUAGUGGGGCUGUUGCCUGGAGGAUUUCCCCAACCCCUCCUCCCCAACGUGGCUGAGCUGCCUAGGAUUCUGGCUGACUCGCUGCCCAUUGCACUGGUUACUUUUGCGGUGUCUGCCUCCCUGGCCUCCAUCUAUGCAGACAAGUAUAGCUACACUAUUGACUCCAACCAGGAGCUCCUGGCACAUGGUGCCUCCAACCUCAUCUCCUCCCUCUUCUCUUGCUUUCCCAACUCGGCUACGCUGGCCACCACCAGUCUACUGGUGGAUGCUGGUGGGAAAACACAGCUGGCAGGCCUCUUCUCCUGCAUAGUGGUCCUGUCGGUGCUGCUGUGGCUGGGGCCCUUCUUUUACUAUCUGCCCAAGGCUGUCCUGGCUUGCAUCAACAUCUCCAGCAUGCGCCAGAUGUUCUGCCAGAUGUAGGAACUUCCACAACUAUGGCACAUCAGCCGAGUGGACUUUGCUGUGUGGAUGGUCACCUGGGUGGCUGUAGUGACCCUGAGUGUGGAUUUGGGCCUGGCUGUGGGUGUGGUCUUCUCCAUGAUGACUGUGGUCUGCCGCACCCGGAGGGUGCAGUGCCUGGCACUUGGACAGGCUGAGGGGACAGAGCUCUACAGACCACUCAAAGGAAGCCACAAGCUCCUCCAGGUCCCGGGGCUCUGCAUCCUGAGCUAUCCAACACCACUGUACUUUGGGACCCGUGGGCAGUUUCGCCGCAACCUAGAGUGGCACCUGGGGCUCGGAGAAGGAGAAAAGGAGACUUUAAAGCCAGAUGGCCCAACGGUUGCAGUUGCUGAGCCUGUCAGGGUGGUGGUCCUAGACUUCAGUGGUGUCACCUUUGCAGAUGCUGCUGGGGCCAGAGAAGUGGUGCAGCUGGCCAGCCGAUGUCGAGAUGCUAGGAUCGGCCUCCUCCUGGCUCAGGCCUCGGUGCUGGGGACACUGACCCGGGCAGGACUCCUGGACAGGGUGACCCCAGAUCAGCUGUUUGUGAGUGUGCAGGAUGCAGCUGCUUAUGCCCUGGGGAGCCUGGUAAGGGGCAGUAGCACCAGGAGCGGGAGCCGGGAGGCACUGGGCUGCGGCAAGUGAGGCAGGGGUAAGUGGCUGGAGACCCAGGGAGAGGGGUUUGGGAAAGGGUCUGUGGAGGAAGAUCAAGAAGAAAAGGGUGGGGACGGAAUGAAUACUAGAUUGAAGACCAACUCAGGGAGCCCGGGCUGAGCUAUGGGUGAGGAACUGAAGAACUCAGAUCCCCAAGUGGGUGGGGUACCCCGAGAGGACUGCCACAUUUCAUCAAGGAAGAUGGGUGCCUAAUCUAUUCCUGACAUGUCUCCUCUCUUCUCCAGGAGCUCACUGACCCAAAGAUUUGCACAGUGUGGGUCUGACCUCAUCAUGUGGAGUGCAGAGGGCCCCAAUGACAUGUGUGUGAUGAGGACCAUGACCCUUGAACCCCCUUACCUAACGUGACUAAUAAAAUGAAGCUGAGAGCUUUGGAAUCCA